AUUGUAAUUGAGCAGAAUGGCAAACCCGUUGGAGAAAGCAGUGGGGUACGAACUCCCUCGUCAGCCUGUCGGCUGGACGAAACGCGACCUUCUCACUUAUGCCGUAGGAAUAGGCGCAAAGAAGGAUGAUUUCCCCUUCGUGUACGAACUGCACCCGCAAUUCGCACCUUUCCCCACGUAUCCCGUCGUCCUCUCUCUCAAAGGAGACGCGGAAGAUGUGACGGACUUCAGCAAGAUCCUGGGUCAGGACAACGUGCCCGGGUUGCCGACGUUCAACCCCGAGCGAGCAGUCCACGGGAGCAUGUCUAUCCAGCUCUUGCGUCCUCUUCCUGUAGAGACCGGGAAAGGGUGGGCGAUGAAGAGAAGGAUCUCGGGAGUGCAUGAGAAUAAAUCGGGGAUUGUGGUGGAUAUGGAAAUGGUGCUUGUCGAUCCGCAGGGAACAGAGUACGCGAAGAUGAUCACGUCAUCAUUCAACGUUGGCGCACGCACCCUCGGGCCAUUCUCCAAGUCUCUCAGCUCUACCCCGCGGGGCAAGCCCGUGCCCAAAGAUCGUGCGCCGAACUGGGUUGUUAGCGAGAAGACGUCGGAGGAACAAGCCCUGGUGUAUCGCUUGAGCGGAGAUUAUAACCCUUUGCAUAUCGACCCAAGCAUAGGCGCGAAGAUGCCUUUCGGCGGUGUGAUCCUCCACGGCCUGUCAACAUACGGUUUCGCAGCCCGUGCGGUCCUCCGCUCGGUAGGAGGGAACGAUCCCCAAGCGCUGAAGGCGUUCUCGGUCAGGUUUACGGCACCUGUCAAACCUGGAGACACCCUCGAAACGAGCAUCUGGGAGCUCGGCCCUGGUCCCCAAGGCACCGAGUUGGUCGCGUUCGUCACCAAGGUGAAGGAGACGGGCAAAGUUUGCCUGGGCAAUGGAGUGGCUUGGGUCUUGAAGGGAAAGGUGAAGGGAAAGCUUUGA